AUGAACGCCUCAAAAGAACCUAAAGUCAAAACUCCUACCAUUGAAGCUUAUGACGGUACUACAGAUCCAGAUAUGCACCUAGUUGCGUACCGCCACCACAUGUAUGUUCAAGGAACCAACGAAGCCUCAUGGUGCAAGUACUUUCCCGCCACUCUCAAAGGAGUAGCGUCCAAAUGGUAUGAACGGUUGCCUGCAGGAUCAAUCGCCUCCUUCAACGAGCUACAUGCCCUGUUUUCCACCAGGUUUAUGGCAUACAAGGAAGAAAGGAAAACAAGUAUGCACCUAGGCCGCAUUCAACAGGGGAAGGAUGAGUCUUUGCGAAGCUAUGUUAAACGUUUCAAUCUGGAAGCUGGACAAAUCCCAGAUCUGCCCGAUGGCAUUUCCUUCGAAAAUUUUGUCAGGGGUCUAAAGAAGGGAUCAUUCAAGUUUGACCUAGUUAAGAAUGUGCGAACGAUGGCAGAAGUUCUGGACGAGGUCGAGGCCUUCGUUCAUGACACGGAAAUAUGCAGUGUGUCCAAAGAUGGAAAGGCAGGAGAGGCGACGGACUCAUCUGAGAAAAAAGAGAAGACUGAUAUGAAGGUAUCGCGGGUUAGUGGCACUUGGGCUCUCUCAAAAGACCAUGAUUCCAAUUCUCUUGGGCAAAAGAGAGAACGGCCGCAGGAGAGAGAAUAUUUUGAACACGAUACAAACCUUCUCCCCAUUCUAGUGGACGUGGGGACCAGGUUCGACCUUGAAUGGCCCUUUCCAAUGAAGUCUCUUGCUGAGAAUCGAGAUCCUAAGUUGUACAGUCAGUUCCACGAACAUAUAGUUCAUGAUACCAAAGAUUGUAGGAGUCUGAAGAGGGCCCUGGAUGGCCUAGCUUCCAAGGAGCACCUGAAAAACUACCUUUAA